GCCAGAAUACAGAACUAUGAUAGCAACUGGUGGUGUCAUAACAGGCCUGGCAGCCUUAAAGAGGCAAGACUCUGCUAGAUCUCAGCAUCAUGUCAAUCUUAGCCCAACACCUGCUGAUCAAGAGAAGAAACCAGUCAGACGUCGGCCUAGGGCUGACGUCGUGGUUGUUCGGGGCAAAAUCCGACUUUAUUCUCCAUCUGGAUUUUUCCUCAUUUUAGGAGUGUUGAUCUCAAUUAUAGGAAUCGCAAUGGCAGUCCUCGGAUAUUGGCCCCAAAAAGAACAUUUUAUAGAUACUGAAAGCAGGCUGUCAACCAACCAAACACAGGUGAUCAGAAACCAAGGUGGUAUCAUGGUUCGCUUCUUUGAACAACAUUUACACUCUGAUAAGAUGAAAAUGCUUGGCCCCUUUACGAUGGGCAUAGGGAUUUUUAUUUUUAUAUGUGCAAAUGCCAUUCUACAUGAAAACCGUGACAAGGAAACCAAAAUCAUUCACAUGCGAGACAUCUACUCCACCGUCAUAGAUAUCCACACUCUAAGAAUCAAGGAGCAAAAGCUGAUGAAUGGUGUCUACACUGGCUUAAUGGGAGAGACUGAAGUAAAGCAAAAUGGUAACUCCUGUGCCUCAAGAUUAGCAGCAAAUACACUUGCCUCUUUCUCAGGUUUUAGGAGCAGUUUUCGAAUGGACAGCUCUGCUGAAGAGGAUGAAUUUAGGCUCGGUGAGAGCAAGAGUGGUAGUCACCUUAUGCCCCCUUUGUUAUCUGACAGUUCUAUGUCUGUCUUUGGCCUCUAUCCACCCCAUAACAAGGCAGCAGAUGAUAAGAACAGUAGCAUUAAAAAAUGUGAAACCAAGUCCAUUGUAUCUUCAUCCAUCAGUGCUUUUACAUUGCCAGUGAUCAAACUAAAUAAUUGCGUUAUUGAUGAGCCUAGCAUAGACAACAUCACCGAGGACUCUGAGACUAUCAAACGCAGGUCUCGGAAUUUAUCCAUGGAUUCGCUGGCUGUUCCUUUAACCAAUAUCAACGAAUCCUACCAGCGAGCCAAUUUAGGGCUGCCACGGAAUGAUUCUGCUGGGGAAUCCCUCUCAAACCAGUACAAAUCUUCUGUGGCUCUUGGACCUAGACCUGGACAGCUUUUGUCACCUGGGGCUGCUAGGAAACAAUUUGGAUCCAACACAUCCCUGCAUCUGUUGUCUUCACACUCAAAAUCGUUAGACUUGGACCGGGGUCCCUCCACCUUGACUGUCCAGGCCGAACAACGAAAACACCCAAGUUGGCCCCGAUUGGAUCGGAGUAACAGCAAGGGGUACGUGAAACUGGAGAACAAAGAGGACCCAAUGGAUAGGUUGCUUGUACCUCAAGCUUCAAUCAAAAAAGACUUUACAAAUAAGGAGAAGCUUCUUAUGAUCUCAAGAUCUCACAAUAAUUUGAGUUUUGAACAUGAUGAAUUUUUGAGUAACAACCUAAAGAGGGGAACUUCAGAAACAAGAUUUUAAAUGUUAAGACACACACACACACACA